GCAUGCAGUGUGUGUGGAGCAGGGUACAGUGGAGCGGAGGCAGAGCGGCUCCGCGAGCUCCUCUCCACUUUCCCACAGAGAAGCCCUGACUGGCCGCCGAGGGCGAGCCACGCACACGCCCUCGCGCCCGGCGAGCCCGCGAGGUCACUAUCAUAUGACAGAGGCUCUGCCGCAGUUCAUCUUCCUCUCUGCGUACUUUCCAUUUGCCUUCCUGACUAAAGAUGGAGAAGCUCUAUACGGUCAGCAAUAACAAGACCAGGAGUUGUCUGUGGCUCAGAUCAUGAACUCCUUAUUGCCAAAUUCAGACUUAAAUUGAAGAAAGUAGGGAAAACCACCAGACCAUUCAGAAUCCUGCUGCAUCACAGAAGUUGGAAGUUCUGAUGUUCCAUUGACAUCACAAUGGAAAGUUUUGACUUGACCGGUCACAGUAAUGAAAGGCAGUAGUAGAAAUAAAGAUCAUUCAGCAGAAGGAGAAGGGACCGGAAAACGACCAAAGCGCAAGUGUCUCCAGUGGCAUCCGUUGCUAGCAAAGAAGCUCCUUGACUUUUCAGAAGAGGAAGAAGAGGAAGACGAAGAGGAGGAUAUUGACAAGGUUCAACUUCUUGGGGCCGAUGGCCUAGAGCAAGAUGUUGGUGAAACUGAAGAUGAUGAAUCACCAGAACAGCGAGCCCGGAGACCAAUGAAUGCAUUUCUCUUAUUUUGCAAACGUCAUCGCUCUCUUGUACGUCAGGAACACCCCAGGCUUGAUAACCGAGGUGCUACCAAGAUACUAGCUGAUUGGUGGGCUGUUCUCGAUCCAAAGGAAAAGCAGAAAUACACAGACAUGGCCAAGGAGUAUAAAGAUGCGUUUAUGAAAGCAAAUCCCGGCUACAAAUGGUGUCCUACCACAAACAAGCCUGUGAAAUCCCCAGCACCUACCACUGUUAAUCCGCGAAAGAAACUAUGGGCCUUCCCAUCUGACUCUUCAAGAGACUUGCCAAGCCCCAAGAAAACAAAGGCUGAAGAAAUGCCUCAGCUUAACUUUGGAAUGGCCGAUCCUACUCAAAUGGGAGGCCUGAGCAUGCUGCUUUUAGCUGGAGAACAUGCUCUUGGGACCCCAGAGAUCUCCUCUGGCACUUGCAGGCCUGAUGUUUCAGAAUCCUCUGAAUUGCGUCAGAAGUCACCAUUAUUUCAGUUUGCCGAGAUAUCUUCAAGUACAUCCCACCCUGAUGCGCCUUCCAAACAGUGUCAAGCGUCAGCCUUGUUUCAGUUUGCAGAGAUUUCUUCAAACACUUCGCACUUGGGUGGUGCUGAACCUGUAAAACGCUGUGGAAAGUCUGCACUCUUUCAACUGGCUGAGAUGUGCCUGGCAUCAGAGGGGGUGAAAAUGGAAGAAUCAAAGAUUAGAGCGAAAGAAUUAGAUGGUGGAAGAAUUAAAGAAUUGGAGAAGGGAAAGGAAGAAAGAGACACAAAAAUGGAGAAAAUGGAUGAAGCCAGGUUACAGAAAGAAGCAGAAUUUGAAAAAUCAGCUAAGGAAAAUGUAAGAGAUUCUAAGGAAAUAAGAAAUUUUGAGGAGCUGCGAAUGGAUGACAUAAUCGGUAUAAAAAUGGAAGCUCCCAAAGAAAUUAAAAAGGAAGAAUUAGAGGAGGAUCAAAAAUGUGGUCACUUCCCUGAUUUUUCCUACUCUGCCAGUAGCAAGAUAAUAAUAAGCGAUGUUCCCAGUAGAAAGGACCACAUAUGCCAUCCUCAUGGAAUCAUGAUCAUUGAGGAUCCCACAGCCCUAAGCAAACCAGAGAAGCUAAAAAAGAAAAAGAAGAAAAACAAAAUGGAUCGACAUGGAAAUGAUAAAUCCACACCCAAGAAGGCCUGCAAGAAGAGGCAGUCCUCGGAGUCAGAUAUUGAGAGUGUCAUGUACACCAUUGAGGCUGUGGCCAAGGGGGACUGGGGCAUCGAGAAGCUUGGAGAUACCCCUCGAAAGAAGGUCCGCCCAUCCUCCAGCGGAAAGGGGAGUAUUUUGGAUGCCAAGCCACCAAAGAAAAAAGUGAAAUCUAGAGAGAAGAAAAUGUCGAAGGAGAAAUCCUCAGACCCCACCAAAGAGUCAAGACCUCCAGAUUUUAUCAGUAUUUCUGCAAGCAAGAACAUUUCUGGUGAGGUGCCAGAGGGUAUAAAAGCAGAACCGUUGACCCCCACGGAGGACGCGCUCCCACCCACCCUGUCGGGACAGGCCAAGCCUGAGGACAGUGACUGCCACAGAAAGAUAGAGACUUGUGGCUCCCGGAAAUCGGAGAGGUCUUGCAAAGGUGCUCUUUAUAAAACCCUGGUGUCUGAGGGCAUGCUCACCUCUCUGCGAGCUAAUGUUGACAGAGGGAAACGAAGCUCAGGAAAAGGAAACUCGUCUGAUCAUGAAGGGUGUUGGAAUGAAGAAAGCUGGACGUUUAGCCAGAGUGGGACCAGUGGAAGCAAGAAGUUGAAGAAGACAAAGGGAAAGGAAGACUCUGUCCUGGGCUCAACAAAGCUGGAUGAAGAAUUUGAAAAGAAAUUCAACAGCCUCCCUCAGUAUAGUCCUGUUACAUUUGACCGGAAAUGUGUACCUGUCCCAAGGAAAAAGAAGAAGACUGGAAAUAUGUCCGCAGAACCGACUAAAACCAGCAAAGGUCCUUUCCAGUCUCAGAAAAAGAACUUAUUCCACAAAAUUGUCAGCAAAUAUAAGCACAAAAAGGAGAAGCCUAAUGUUCCGGAAAAAGGAAGUGGGGAUAAAUGGUCAAGCAAGCAACUCUUCUUGGAUGCCAUUCACCCUACAGAAGCCAUAUUUUCAGAAGACAAAAACACCACAGAGCCUGCUUAUAAGGUUAAAAAUGCCCUAUCCAUUCCCAACACUCCAGAGCCAAUAACAACUCAAGAACCCUUGGUGGGCAGCCAGAAGAGAAAAGCAAGGAAAACCAAGAUCACACACCUUGUCAGGACAGCAGACGGCCGGGUGUCACCAGCAGGAGGUACUCUGGAUGACAAGCCCCGGGAGCAGCUGCAGAGGGGCCUCGCUAAGGUGACUGAGACAGGCUGCAACGACGCGUGCCCGCACACCAGGGAGGCCGCGGAGACACGGAGCAGCACCCCAGAGAUGCCGGCCGUGUCCGCCUUCUUCAGCCUCGCCGCGCUGGCCGAAGUGGCCGCCAUGGAAAACGUGCACAGAGGUCAGAGGUCAACUCCGCUCACCCAUGAUGGACAGCCAAAGGAAAUGGCCCAGGCCCCUGUACUCAUUUCCUGCGCUGACCAGUGACGCGCCCUUUAAUUGUAAAACGUUGUGCUUUACCUACUACCCCAGACUUGUCUUUACCGAGGGAUGCUAGUGAGUCCGUGUGGUGGGAAAUAGAGACUGCAAACAGCUGCUUGUUUGCCCUCCGUGGCCCAGAUUCACUUGAAGCAGAAGUUGGCACCCUGGGCCAGUUUUGUUCUCUCAGAACCCAGAAUCUUUGAGGGUGAUGUGAUGAUGUGAUCUGUCUGAUACUGAGCGGAAACGGGAUGACCUAGAGCUUUGCUUUCUAUUGAAGGCUUUCGAUGGUAACAGGUGGUGACUUGGUAAAAGGCUGCCUUUACUGUAGCUCAUCCAGCAUCUCUUUUACCAACCAGAGAGUGUGAAGCUAGUUUCGUAUAUUACCUAGUUAUUCUUUCAAAACAAAAACAAAAAACCAACAAAAAAAGAAAAAGCAAAAACUGACGCACUGCACUAGUUAUUAUUAGAUAUUCCUAGUCUUUUUUGUACAUGGAGAUUUAAGUUCUAAGAUGGUUUAUAUAAUAGGUUAUACCUACAUUUAUAUUGUAGAAUAAUAUUAAAAUGCCUGUUCAAAGACUCCCAAGCAGCACGGGCAGGCAGAUGUACCAUUGUUAGUGGUGUAUGCUCGGCCUCAUGGUCCCUAUAUUCUGCACUUUUAUAUUUGCCACCAGAGUGGUAGUUUGCUGGCAAAAAGAGAAAGAGAGGGAAAAAAAAUUACAAUUCUUGCAAGCUGAAUUUUUUUUUUUUUUCUUAGCCUUGAGUGACCAAGAAGAAUUUGCUGGGGGCAAAUUGUGGCAAAUAUUUUCCCAGACAGGGGAAAAGUCCUGCAGAUUACAAAUGUUUUCAUGCCUUGAGGGUUCUUUUUAUUUUUUACACAGGGGUCUGAGUAACCAAUGGAUCGUUCAUACAGACAAAAAAAAAAAAGAAAACUAUUAUUCAGAAGUGACCUUAGUAUUACUUCACUAUUCUGAACACAUUGAAGACACUCACCUCAUGUGGACUUUGAGCUACAGACCUUUUACAUCCAUCCCAGACAGACUGGACGGGUAGCGAUUGCUAUGCACAGCCGAAUUGGCACAGCAGAUUUUUAGAGCCAUUCUGAGUUUUUGUGAUUACGGAGGUAUUGAGUAAAUGGUGAGGGAGGUGUGCCUGACCACAGUGGGACUCGCAGUCAUAGAUCCACCUGCAAGUUUCCUGUUCUUUUUUGUGUUUUGUUGAACAUAAAACCAACCAUACAUAUGCCAGUGCCAAGCGGAUUAACUGGCUUAGAACAUUCAGCAUAUUGACUCCACCGCCUGACGUUCACAGUGUCUUGUUCCUUAGCAACAGAUGCAAAGUGAUAAAUCAAAAUUAGUCAGCGGCUCCACAUUUUACAGGGUAUUUGUUCCAUAGCACAAAGGAUUUCCCCACUCUUGCAUCACAGCACAAACUACCAAAUUUUAAUUGUUGGAUUCCAGCAAUAAUUUUUAUUGGUUUUCAAACUGGCGGAAUUUUGAUAGUGUUAGUUCAAGUUUGAAGCUUUUGAAUUAGCUCUCUAAAUGGUGACAGUUUACAAGGUUUUAUCUAGCUUUCUUAUUUAUACUUGACUGAAUUGUAAUGAUGAUUUUUUUUUUCUAAUCGUAAUUUGACCUAAUAGCCAUACAAAAAAUGACUCUAUUAGUACUGACUAGGUUUAGCUUUUCACGGUUGUAGAUACUACUUCGGUUUCGGUGCUGGAAAAUAUGUACAUCAUACUAACAGAAUUGAAAAAGGAUAGAGAGAAUGGGGGUUUUUUCUUUAAAGCAGUUAAAGAGGGCAGCAGGACUUUGGAAUGGUGUCCUCAAAAAUGCAUAUUCCUUGUGAACAUGGAGGAAGAUGGAAGGUAGUAAGUAAGUUUAAUCAGAGAUUAAAAACUUCACCCCAUUCACAUAGAAAUAAACCUGGUGGGCAGCCCCAGAUUUUAGCAUAGUUUUUUACUAUGAUGCUGUUUUAUUAAUAUUUUCUAAAUUUCAGAACACAAAGUAAAUGUUUAAAAAUUGCUGGGUCCUAGUGUUGGUGGCUGUUGGAGUCUUUGGACCACUUGCUAGCAGUGAUUUAAAAAUUAUUAGCUUAAAUCCCCAAAAAAUUCAAAAUCAACAAAAAUUUUUUGGUGCAGAACAUGCACCUUGACAAUGGUACUAACUUAUUAUUCUCUAGAACACGUUAGAAUAGAUCUAUUUUUGCCGGAGCCCCCUCCUUCCUUCCAGUCCUCCAAUUACAUUUCACUAGAGUUCCUUAAGAGAUUGCUGUAUAUUCAUGGGACCUUUUUUUAAAAAGAAGCGAAACAGAAGAUUACUUUUUUCUAUGUGAUUAAUAUAUCUUACUUGAUCUGCUUUUCCUAAACCUCAGUGGCUUUUCCCUUAGGCAGGGGUGGGGGUGGAGGGCAACCUACUGGAUAUGACUGUUUUCAAGAUACUUUAAAAAAAAAAAAAACUUUUUGUAGAAAUGCUUAAUUUUUAAGCGGCUAGUCACUGAGAGUAGCAGAAAUCCUGCAAAGCUUUAUAGUCCUCUAGACACUCGCCUUGUUGUUUCUCCGAGCAAAGUUUUGAUUUCAGUAACAGUGCUUUUCUCAAGCCCUGAAUCCACUGGAGAGGGGUGUUGGUGUUUUCAGGUAAUAACAUUUGUUAGCACAAGUAUUUCAGACCAACAUGUAGUCCCCCCCCCAUUUAUCAUUUUCAUUUCACUUCUUGCAUUCUUUUUUAUUUUGGAAAAUCAUAUUGCUAUGGUGUGUACCUUAAUCUGCCAGCAAACACCAUCUACACUAACAUUUGUCCCACAAGCAUCCUUGAGAAAAAGUUGUUGCACCUUAUGUAUAUCUCAAGCAAACCAAAAUAUGAUGCUCUUCUGCUUUGUUUUAUUCUAAAUUGUUGUAUCAUAUCUUUCUGAAACCAUUCUGAAUCUAGUUGAAAUUAUCAAUAUUUAUGCUUUUAACCUUAAUUUCUGGAUUCAAACCUGUAUAUAAAUCUUUUGAAAAACAAAAAAAAAUUGUCCUAGCCCUUCUCUGUGAUGCUGGAAGUGGAUGAUCAGUCUCAGAUGGAGACGCAGUACUGUUCCAGUUUUCUUUAGCCUUUUAUUUAUUUAGUUAUUCUGGGUAUUCUCCUAUGUAAUUUUGAAGUGUGUAGAGUAUAUAAUAGUAACAAGCUGCAGCUCUAAGAAGCUGAGUGAAAGAAAGAAAAUACUGUAAGACAUCCUUUUUAAGUUUUUAUUUGUUUGGUAAACUAUAAUGAGAUAAGGAAAAAGAAAAAUGUCCUACAGCCACAUUGAAGAUACAGGUUCUUAACCUCAAAUUAGGUUAGUUUCCAGAUUUUAGAUCAAAAUUGCUAAUUAAUUAAAGCCCCCCCUUUUUUUAAAGGCUAUGUCAUACUCUCGUAAUCCUGACAGCCUUUUCCCCUCAAGUUUUGGAAAUAUAUUUAUUUAAUUCCAUCAGAUGAGCUUUCUACCAAUGCCCCCUCCAACCCAUGUUGAACUCAUCCCCAUGUUAUCACUGUUAUUCUAGUUCCUGACAUUAAAACUGCUGCAGAGGAAAAAAGUGAUGGAACACUAUCAACAAAGAGGAACAUUUGAACAAGCCUGGUUGUUCAGAAUCCCACGUGUUUAAUCCCCGUCGUUCUCUUAUCAAGUCAGAUGCUACCCUGACUGAGUCCUAGAAAAUUUUGUUUGCACUCUGUAGUCCUUGGCUCAUCAUAUGGAAGUGUUUGCACCUAUGUAAGAUCUCACGCAAAUUAUAAAUCGAUAACAGCACUAGAGUAAGCUGAAAACCGAAUGACCUGUUUUGUUUAUACAGUGCGGGGGGAGGGCUGGGGGCAUCCAGGAAGUCUGUUCCAAGUGUGGCGUUUGGCAUUAAUGUGAAGCAGUGGGACCAUGCUGCCUGCUAACUACUGUAUGAAUCCUGUGUGUUCUGAAGACCAGCAGCUGGAGGCCGGCAUCCAUUCGGCAAAGGGGAAGCAGCGCCGCUCCGCCGGGGAAAAGGAAUCCCUGCGAGGCCUGGAGUCAUCCCCUAGAGGGAGAGGCCGGGUGUGCGCCAGGCUGCGAGGAGGCGCACCUCUGACCGCAGCGCUCCACGGGGCCCUCUGAUGAGGCCGACCCCGACGGGCUGCCUCGGCUUUACGGUUAACUGCAGUGAGUCCUGCUUCCCAAGUUUGUCUUUUUUUUGCUUCUGCCUUCAGUGCCACUAUUUUCCACUGCAGUGUUUAGACUCACAAACCACCUUCUCCAGAGAGAACAAUGUAUUGCUGAAAAUGGGCAGCAGAAGCCAAUGCUCUUAGGACAUUUGACCUACGAAGUAUUCAGAGUGACUGCUAGGUGGGAAUUAAAAUUUAGCCUUCCCCACAUAGGACCUUGUUUUUGCACCUUGUAAAGAGUAUACUAAUUGUUAAUUAGGUAUUGCUUUAUUUAUACAAGUAUUCCCAAAGAAUUAGAUUUGGAUUUUGUUUU